AUGCUUACACCCACUUUCCAUUAUAACAUUCUUCGCGAUUACCAUGAAAUAUUUGCACAGCAAGGAGAGAUUCUUGUCGAUCUCAUAGCCAAAGAAGAAGGAGAUUUCGACUUAUUUCCCUAUAUUAAACGAUGCGCGCUGGAUAUUAUAUGUGAAACUGCCAUGGGCACUUCCAUCAAUGCCCAAACCGGAGGUAACAACGAGUAUGUGCGUGCUGUACAGCGGCUAAGUGCUCUCGUUUGGGACUAUCAAAGGUGA